CGCUAGUUCUGCAAACAUUUGCACUUGGCAAUCAACAACAGAACCUUCCACCGUGUAGAUAAUUGUUGUAUACAUCUUUCAACUAUGCAGCUGAGUGAUUACUAUAAGAUACGAUUAUCGUAAUUAUAUGUAUGCAAGACAAGAUGAAAAAAUUGUCUCUGAAUAUGAAUAUAUUAUUCGUUUACAUUGCAUCCAUGUAAAUGGACGAAAAACCACUUGACAGAUAUUAAAAUUUCAUUAAAUUAUUCAGUCGCAGGCUAUUCUAUUUUACACUAAUAUAUAUUACAGAAUAUUUGUGAUUUUUAGUAGACAUUCAUGGAAUUUAAAUAGAAAUUGUUAUUACAAUUAUAUAUUAUAAUUGUCUCGGUAAUUAUUAAUGAAGAAUAAAGUACAUUUCGUAGUACGUACAUGCAAUAAUUUCUUUUUAUCGCUACUUUCACUAUUAUAUCUGAAAACCAUAAGUUAUACAAAUAUAUGAUCAUGUGUAUAGUUGUUUAAUAUUGAUCAGACGACGUUCAUUCUACAAUUAUACUUUGGUCUCAACAGUUGGUGAAAGGAACACCGGCACGACUUCCCUUUCCUAUCUCAUUGAAAAAUCGCGCCCCAUCAAGAUCAUCUUCGCUGCUCAGUAUUCGUAUAACGUGUAAGUACGUUCUUCAAGUGGCCUUGUGUCUCGUUUCCACCGUUGUGUAAGACUUCCUCGUCUCGAGAAACGUCUAGAAUACGGUGUUCAGUAUGGAAUACAGUCUAGCUUUUUACGUCUGACAAAAAUAAAUGGAGUUGGAUUAAAUAAAUCCUACUGUUACUUUAACAAAUAAUUAUUCUGAUAUUAUACGUUCUAUGUUAAAUGUUACAGUUAACAAUUUUAUAUUGGUUCGUUACUUUAAAUGAAAAGUAAAGUAAACUUCAAAUGAAAGUUUCAGGGGAAAGAAAGGCAAUUAAUCAUGUACAUGCUUUCCUGCAUUAGCGAACACAAUUUUGAUCGUACAGGCUUACAACUAUGCUUCUUUAAAUAUCAAAGAUAUUCCAACGUUCCCCCACAUUCAAGAAUUCUAAAUUAAUCCAUUAAUUUUUAACCGAAAUAUGUUUCUCAAGUAAAAGAUUCUUCGCUAGAAUGUUUUAAAAUACUACGCUUGUGUUUUUACAUUUUGUAAACCCCAAAUGGAAAUCAUAGUAGCUAAUGAGUUUAUCAAUUUAUCCAGAUUACGAUUGCGUUCAUAUUGCGCAAAUUCAAACGAAUAUUAUAAAAACUAUUUAUAUACGAUAACAAUAACAACAACAACAAUAAUAAUAACAACAACAACGAUAAUAAUAAUACACAUUUGAUAUAUAUAAAAGAAGAAAAAGAAAAGGAAAAUGUACGCGUAAUAUUGAAAAAGGAAACACUUCCGCGAAUCAAAUUUUCCAUCAUUUUUCAACCGAACUAUACGAAAUAGAUCUCCUUUGGAGUACGAUAAAACAGUCAUUUAAAAUUAUCUGUGUCAUCGCGUUGGCAUACAUUAAAGACAACAGACAACCAUUGGCACGUGAGGAUCCUGUCCAAGCGAGUUAAAAGGAUGUCCAUGUCGGUGCCCACCCCCAGUCGGUUGACAGACAUCCUUCAUCGAUAGUUGGAAGGACCGGUGAAAAUACACUGUAUACCAUCCUUCGCCAAGCUAACACACUUUUCAGUCGGUCUAAUUGCGCGAGAAAACAUCACUCGACAAGACGUAAAGCUCUCCAUAGCGAAAUUAUUCUUUUAGCAUAUCUCUAGUUAGAGAUUACGCUUUUAGUUUCCUAUUUUUGGCGAUUGUAGGCGCCUGUUAUAUCAUUCUGUAGAUAUUAUAAUCAUUUUUCGCAAAUCUAGGAAAGUGGAAAUUUCAUUUUUGUCGCUCACAUAAAUAGUUAAAUUCUCAAUUAAUUUUUCCCGUGAUAGAUAGUACAUAUAUGUCGAGAGAUUUUUGUAUUUUAUUGAUAUUUCUUUAAAGGAUGCUGUUCAAAGAGUGAAAUGCGAAGGACUAUGGAGUUUUUAUGAAAUAAAGAACAGGGUAAGUCACUGUGGCUUGUUUUUUUAAGGGAUCGAUACGGCUGCGCUUAUGUAGAAUGAUUUUUUGUAAAUUAAUACGAUAGUAAUAUGGAAACAAUGGUUAUUUUGUACGGAAUUUCAUUUCGAAAGAAACUUGUUUUAAACGUACGAAGUACUACAUCUUUUCAUAAAAAAUUCUGCGUUUUUAUCGGUUGGCAUUCUUUACGACGUCUGAAGUUUCGACAGUUGACAUCUUUUCGUAAAGAAGAAUUUUACUCGGCUAUUGUAACUCCUCUUGCAAGGAAUUAUUCUGUAAACGAUACAUUAUUCCUGUUUAAAUUAAAAAUACGACUUUUACAUAAGAAUUUUUGAUAAAAAGAUGUUUUGUUAAAGAUGAUCUUGCACUCUUUAUUGCAAAUACGUUAGGAUCUGCUUACUAAGAUAUUAAAAUACAGUAAUAGCCUGCUGUACCUUUUUUUUAAAACAAUUUCAAAUCAUCGUGGAAGAUGUCAAAGAUAGUAUUAAUGGAAGAAAUCAGACUAAAGCUUGAGGAAAUGAUACCUAUAGUCAAAAGUCGAUUAUAAAAUCGUUGAGAAUGUGAAUUUUUUGUGAUAAUGAUGCAGUAUGGAUAGCAAUCGGGAAAUUCAAGAUAUCAAUGCAAUGCCGGUAAAGCUGUACUAUCGGGAUUAUUCGAAACCAGAGGACGAGAAUAAGGCAGAACCGAUCGAAACCGUUUACAGGACCACUGACAGGGCCACGCUGAAAUAUUUGAAGAAUCACGAUCCUAAUAUACCUUAUUCCAUCAACACUGUACAUCUACAGGACCCGUACAAACAUCCUCUUAGAUUAGAAGGAUACGCCACUGCAGAUAUUUUCAAAGUUCGACCAGCCUCGUUCAAGAUUAUGUAUCGGUCGAAGGAUACGACGUUAAGGUCUAGGCACAGCAAGAACGCGCUCGUGAAGAAGGAAAGUCCUCUGAUGCAUUAUGACAAUGACGACGACAAGAGUAUAAGUAAAAGUGAAAAUCAACGAUGCAUAAGGAUUACGAACAUUAUGAAGCAAUAUUGUACGAAUAGUACUCUCCAUGGCUUGCGUUAUAUCGGAGAUUCGAAUUUGUCAAUUGUCGAGAGAAUCUUCUGGGUAAUUUCCUUUACACUAGCGGUCCUAACAGCCGCUUAUUAUAUUUGGUUUCUAUAUCGAAAGUGGGUUUCGACACCCAUUAUCAUUGCUCUCAGUCCAGAAUCGGUGUCCCUGGACCAGUUUCCGUUCCCCUCAGUUACCAUUUGUAACAUGAACAACGUAAAAAAAAGCGAGGCAGCUCGUAUUAAUGCUGGGAACGAUAUACGAAAGAAGCUGUUAUUGGAGGAUAUGUGUCGUCUUGAAAGUAUGUCGCCUCGCAGUUUCAACGAGAGCACGAUAACUUGGGAUAACGUCCUGCGUUUUAUGAUCAACGUGUCGCAAUCUUGCACAGACAUGCUACAUUUGUGCAAAUGGCAUGGGAAUGUUACUGAUUGCGAGAAGAUAUUUAAUCCCACCAUGACAGAUGAAGGGAUGUGUUGCAAUUUCAAUUCUGUCGACAGAAAGUACCUGUUUUACAAUCCACGAGAUUGGUCCGACAUCAACAUGACGUUCCCAUUCAACAGCAUCGAUUGGAAUCCCGAAACCGGAUACGAUGAAAACGUUCCUCCAGAUUCCAUUCCAUGGAGACCGUACGGUGCUGGACAAUACUAUGGUCUGACUCUGGUUCUUGAUGUAGACGUCGAUGAAUAUUACUGUUCGUCCACUGCUAGUGUCGGUUUCAAGAUGCUGCUGCAUAACCCGGUGGAGACACCAAAGAUCGCCGAAUUUGCGUUUACUGUGACUCCAGGCGAGGAGACUAGAGUCAUCAUAGCGCCCCGGCUAUCGACCGCCAGCAAGUCGAUAAUCUCUGUUCCCCUAAAGAAGAGGAAAUGCUUCUUCACCUCGGAAAGAAAGCUACGUUACUACAGAACCUACACGCAGAGGAACUGCAUCCUCGAAUGCGAGGCGAAUUUCACGCAGAAGAUCUGUCAUUGCGUCCAAUAUUACAUGCCCAAAUCCUCUAACACGUUAAUCUGUGAAAAGAAAGACGAUACAUGUGCGAUGAAAGCUCGCAGAGCAAUGGAAGUUAAACUGUACGACGAUGAUAUUGGGAUAGCCUUAAACGUUUCUGAAACGCCCAGUUGCAACUGCUACCCCGGAUGCUUCGAGAUCGGUUACAACGUGGAAAUCUCACAGAGCAAAUUAGUGUCCUCUUUCAUUGUUCCUGACAGCUACGUGAAGAAAAGCAAAGAAUACUUCUCUACCAACAUGGCGGUGGUCCACCUGUUCUUCGUCGAUUCUCAAUUCACUAAGUAUAUGAAGAACGAGUUGUUUGGUUUCACAGAAUUUCUAUCUAAUACUGGUGGCUUGUUGGGUCUCUUCAUGGGCUUUAGUUUCCUCUCUUUGGUGGAAAUCAUGUAUUUCGCGACAUUGCGGUUGUGGUGCCGCAUAUACAAAAAGAGGCAUGCUUCUCGCGAUAAUACUCUUCACGUGCAACCAUUCGACUCUAAUACUAACCUCGUUUAUCCUUUUGUACAAUGAUCUAUCUAUUCUUACUUUUUUUAAGAAACUUACUCAUUUUUGACAAAAGUUUUAUUGUCGUUAAUCGUUAGUAUAUAAAUUGCAUGUAAAUAGAUGUUUGAUCUACAAAAAUGUGCGAUAUUAUGUAAUUUAUGAGUUUUUGAAUGUACUGUGAAGAAAUAUAUUUGAGAAAGUAAUGUGCAUCUCAACUAGUGUACUCAGUUCCGUUUGUUAUUCAUUAUUCAACUUUUUUAUUGUUCCAUACUUAGGAUGGAUUAAUAACUAACCAUAGAUAUAUUGACAAUAAGUGUUCCAUCCAAAUGGUAGUACCAAUAUGUCUAAAAUACAUUUUUUAAUUCUUUGAUUUUUAAUAAAUUACAUUAAAUAGUUUGCAGAAUGGACUAGAUAGAAUAUAAAAUCUCUUAUCUUUCUCUAAUACAAAUUUAUAAUUCGGAUUUGUUCAAAGUAGAUAAUGCAAUUAUCUGUAAGUACAUAUGUUAUAUAUUAAUUUUAAAAUUAUAUGUCAAAGUGGUAUCGGUUUUGGUAAUUAUAAUUUCUACUUUGAUGUUAUUGAAAUAAAGUAAAUAAUCAUUAC